AUGGGUACCCCCGGGUCGCAGGCCGAGGAGGCCACCUCGGACCCUGUGCCAUCCCCGCCAGGACUCAUACCCCCACAGCCACUGGGUACCCUGCGCGCACUGCUCCUGGCUACCGGCGGCGCAGGGAGCUCCUGGCCUUGCUGUGUCCUGCCGUUCGGCGCCCUGGCUACGCUGGCUGGAGCAGCUGCCACAGCCAUCACCUUCUCGCUGCGCGGACCCCUCCUGGACUUGGCCCAGGGCGCAUCGCUGGCUGCACUGGGCGGAGGCCUGGGGCUCCUGAUCGCCGCCUGCCUGUGCUGGCGCGGACGGAGGGCGGCGGGUGGCGGCCGGCGGGAGCCGGAGAUGCCCUGA